AUCGCGUUUGGUAGCCCUGCUGAAAAGGCAUGCUAUCUCAAAACGGCAAUAAAAUGAAAUAAAGCGGAUCUGCGAAAAAAUUUUAUUUAACCGUGCAUCGUUUAGACUGAACUACAAAACAAGUUUUAUAUUGAUGUUGACUUUUGACUGUGAGAAAUACAUUUCUGGUACAAUUGCUCUAGUGGUUUGUUCAACAAGAGCAUACUAAUAAUUCUUAAGUAUUUACUUGUAUAUCACAUGUGUAAAGCAGUUGAAACCAAAGUAAGGAAAGUUCAAAAUUACGUAGCACUGCAAUAAUUGUUGAACCUAACCUGAAACUCAAUACUCUAAAACGGGAAGGAGAUGUCAGUUUAGCUAGUGUAAAUUAGUUAUAUUACGGACCCACUGAAUCUUUCUAAUUUUUAUAUUAUUCACGUCUUUGCUGCGUGUUAAAAGAGGGAUGCCACGCAGCAAGCGUAGAGCGCCCUCUAGCACAAAUCAUCAUACGUCUAUUGAAAUGUCACCUAGUGCCCACGAGGAGGGUAUACCAAGGCAUCCAUCAAAACGCCUCAGACAUACAUCUAGUGCAAGACGUUAUACAAAAACAGAAGAUGUCUCAAGCGCCUCAUCCUUUUCUCAAAAACGGUGUAUUACAUGGUUUAGGGAAUAUACAACACCUGACGAUUCUGACACACUUGGUCCUGAAGGAAUGGAAAAGUUUUGUGAAGAUAUAGGUGUAGAACCUGAAAAUGUAGUUAUGCUCGUCCUUGCAUAUAAAAUGAAUGCCAGACAAAUGGGUUUCUUCACACUAAGCGAAUGGUUAAAAGGCCUCUCGGAAUUACAGUGUGAUUCUAUUAGUAAAAUACAACAAAAACUUGAGUACCUAAGGAUUCAAUUAAAUGAUCCACAUACGUUUAAAGGAAUUUACAGAUAUGCUUAUGAUUUUGCUAGAGACAAAGAUCAAAGAAGUAUGGAUAUGGAAACAGCAAGAGUUAUGUUACAGUUGCUUUUAGGAAAACAUUGGCCACUAUUCACACAGUUUGCUCAGUUCCUAGAUCAGUCGAAGUACAAAGUUAUUAAUAAAGAUCAAUGGUGCAACAUUUUAGAGUUUUCUCGUACAAUCAAUCAUGACUUAUCAAAUUAUGACUUAGAUGGAGCAUGGCCAGUAAUGCUUGACGAAUUUGUUGAAUGGUUAAAAAUGCAGCGAGGUGAAGAAGCAGCAUCAACAGAAACUAGAGGCAGCUGAAACAUUUAAUAAUAAUAGUCCACUAAAAUAAAAAGAACUCAUCUCUUCUGUCA